AUGGAGAAUGCAGCUUCUGACCAUUCACUUCAAGCAAGAGUCACUCACAUCUGUCACUAUUCCAGAGAUAUGCAGAUGCAGUUGCUCCAUCUAAGAGAGCAAUCAGAGAGCAGCCUUACAUUGUGGAGACCUUGGAUUUCGACAGCAAGAGAUGUUCAACUGACAAGAAGUCAAGGAAUGCCUGGUGAUCAGAGAAAUUUUAGAUCAAAAGGAGCUUUGGGUUUUCAGCAUCCAGUGAGCAGACUCUACUUGCCCAAAUCAAAAUCCAAAAAGUAUCUACACAACAUUGGAGAGACGGUUCUGUCAAGUUUUCCAGUUCAAGCCACAAUUCACUUCUACAAUGAUGAUACUGAUUCUGAAGAUGAGGAGGACAAGGAAAGAACUGAACUUUAUCAUUAACCUUACUUGCUUCUGAAACCUAUAUGAAUCAAAAUGCAAAAAUUACCUCUGAAAUGUUUAUCAGCAUAU